AUGGCGGCUAGUCAAAGUGCAAAGAUGGACAUUGAUGAACAAAAGAUUGACGAGGGACUGUAUUCUCGCCAGCUAUACGUGCUAGGCCAUGAAGCGAUGAAGCGAAUGGCGUCGUCCAAUGUUCUCAUCGUCGGAAUGCAAGGGCUCGGUGUCGAAAUCGCUAAGGACCUUUGUCUUGCUGGUGUCAAGUCGGUGACGAUCUAUGAUCCCGAUCUUGUCCAGCUUCAGGACCUGAAUUCUCAGUUCUUCCUGCGGGCAACAGAUGUCGGGAAAUCACGAGCAGACGCGACCCAGCCCCGACUCGCAGAGCUCAACGCUUACGUGCCCGUGCAUGUCUUGCCCGGUACUACAGGUCAACAAGUCACGAUCGAUCAAAUCAAAGACUUUCAAGUCGUAGUCCUUACAAACACACCGCUCUCCAUCCAACUCCACAUAAACGAGUGGACACACGCCAAUGGGGUUCAUUUCAUUGCAGCAGAAACCAGAGGUCUCUUCGGAUCCGUCUUCAAUGACUUUGGAAGUCGUUUUACCUGCGUGGAUCCCACUGGGGAGCAACCGCUGAAUGGAAUGAUUGCUGAAAUUGAUAAAGGCGAAAAGGCGAUUGUCACUUGCCUAGACGAGACUCGUCAUGGACUGGAAGACGGUGACUUUGUGACUUUCAGCGAAGUGGAAGGCAUGACAGAGUUGAACGGCUGUGAGCCGCUAAAGGUUACGGUCAAAGGCCCUUACACCUUUGAGAUUGGAGACACGAGCAAAUUUGGGGAUUACAAGCGGGGUGGUAUCUUUACCCAAGUCAAGAUGCCCAAGAUUAUCGAUUUUAAACCACUGAGCGAGUCCCUGAAAGAUCCAGAGCUCUUUAUCACCGACUUUGGGAAGUGGGACCGACCCUCCACUCUUCACGCAGGGUUCCAGGCUCUCUCCCAGUACCAAGAAAAGCACGGCAAACUCCCUCGCCCUCGAAAUGCGCAGGACGCCGCAGAGCUCCUCUUGAUCACGAAAUCACUUGCUGGCGAGACAGAGCUCAACGAAAAGGUCAUCGAGGAGCUCGCAUUCCAGGCCCAAGGAGAUUUGGCCGCUGUGAAUGCAGUCAUCGGUGGCUUUGUCGCACAGGAGGUACUCAAGGCCGUCAGUGCCAAGUUCCACCCAAUGGUACAACACAUGUACUUUGACUCGUUGGAAUCUCUCCCGGAUCAACUACCCUCCGAGGCAGAUGUUGCACCUCUCGGAUCUCGAUACGACGGUCAAAUUGCUGUGUUUGGAAAGACAUUCCAAGAAAAGAUUGCAAACCAUCAUUGGGCAAUGAUGGGUGUUGGCGUUGGGUCAAAGGGUCAUUUGCACGUCACUGAUCUUGAUACAAUCGAAAAGAGCAAUCUCAAUCGUCAGUUCCUGUUCAGACCAAAAGACCUUGGACACUUCAAAUCGGAGGUCGCUGUCCAUGCCGUCACCGAGAUGAAUCCAGAUUUGCAGGGUCAUACCAAUGCGUAUAAAGAGAGCGUAGGACCAAACACAGAGAGCAAGUAUAAUUCCGCAUUCUUUGAUUCCAUCGACGGUGUGACUAACGCACUGGAUAAUGUCGAGGCUCGUCUCUAUAUGGAUCAGAGAUGUGUUCUCUAUCAAAAGCCACUCCUCGAGUCGGGUACAUUGGGUACCAAAGGAAACACACAAGUCGUCAUUCCACAUCUCACCGAGUCGUAUGGAUCAUCACGAGAUCCCCCAGAAAAGGAGGCGCCUUCUUGCACAAUCAAAAACUUCCCCAACGCGAUCCAACAUACAAUUCAAUGGGCUCGAGAGCAGUUCAAUAAUGCCUUUGUCAACCCGGCUACGAACGUCAAUGGCUAUCUUUCGGAGCCAGGCUUCCUUGAAAACGCCAUGAAGUACUCGAGUAAUCAAAAGCCGCUUCUCGAGCAACUCAACCGCUUCCUGGUGACAGAAAAGCCACUGACCUUCGAUGAGUGUAUAGUCUGGGCAAGGAUGCAAUUCGAGAAAGACUAUAACACGGAUAUCAGGCAGUUGCUCUACAGCCUUCCCAAGGAUGCAGUCAACGACAAUGGCAUUCCAUUCUGGUCGCCGCCCAAACGUGCUCCGGAUCCGCUGACAUUUGAUACCUCGAAUACGGCACACCUGGACUAUAUUGUCGCUGCCGCGCACUUGCAUGCCUUCAAUUAUGGACUCCACGGCACAAAUGACCUCGAUCAUAUUGCCAAGGUGGCGAGCUCGAUCAAAGUUCCAGAAUUUGUCCCGAAGACCAAUGUCAAGGUUCAAAUCAACGAUAAUGAUCCUCCCCCGGCGAACGAAGAUAACGACGAAGAGGACUUGACCAAGCUAUCUGCAUCGCUUCCUGCACCAUCAUCUCUAGCAGGGUUCCGCCUCGUUCCAGUGGAAUUUGAAAAGGACGACGAUACAAACCACCAUAUCGAUUUUAUCACAGCAGCAUCGAACCUUCGUGCAAUGAACUAUGGCAUCGAACCAGCCGACAGACACAAGACGAAGCAGAUUGCCGGAAAGAUUAUUCCUGCCAUCGCCACGACCACUGCUCUUGUUACUGGGCUUGUAUGCCUGGAAUUAUACAAGGUCAUUGACGGAAAGAAGGAUCUCGAAAAGUACAAGAAUGGAUUCGUCAACCUUGCGUUGCCGUUCUUUGGCUUUUCGGACCCCAUUGCGGCUCCAAAGAAGAAGCUUGGUGAAUCUUCUGGACCUUGUGACCCGACGCUUGCUGAAAUGGUCGACUGGUUCAAGAAGAACCAUAACCUGGAUGUCAACAUGGUCUCGCAAGGCGUCGUGAUGCUCUGGUCCCCAUUCGUAGGCAAAGUCAAGACACAAGAGCGCAUGAAGCUGCCAAUUAGCAAGUUGGUGGAGUUGAUUGGCAAGAAACCCAUUGCACCAGGAACUACCCACCUGGUAGUGGAGACUCUCCUUUGUGAUGAAGAGGGUGAGGACGUUGAUGUGCCCUAUUCCCUUGUCUACAUCUAG